GCGUGGACUUCCCGGAUGGAGCAGCGACGCCAUCUUCACGCCUCUGCUCACCGGUGGGUCUUCGGCUCAGCGGAGCGACAGAGCGGUUGCUGAUCCACCUCCAGGACUCCCCGAGCAGCCCCGCGAUCCUCCCCCGUUUUCCACCGGCUGCCCGAAACAAGCCUUCCCCGCUCCCCGAGCAACCAUGGCGGACAGAGAGAACUCGGUGUACCAGGCGAAACUGGCCGAGCAGGCGGAGAGAUACGACGAAAUGGUGGAGUCCAUGAAGAAGGUGGCCAGCAUGGACGUGGAGCUGACGGUGGAGGAGAGGAACCUGCUGUCCGUGGCCUACAAGAACGUGAUCGGAGCCAGGCGCGCCUCCUGGAGGAUAAUCAGCAGCCUGGAGCAGAAGGAGGAGAACAAGGGCGGCGAGGACAAACUCAAGAUGAUCCGGGAAUACAGGAAAACGGUGGAGAAGGAGCUGAAAUCCAUCUGCAACGACAUCCUGGAUGUUCUGGACAAACACCUCAUCUUAGCCGCAACCACCGGAGAGUCCAAGGUGUUCUACUACAAAAUGAAGGGAGACUACCACAGGUACCUGGCCGAGUUCGCCACAGGCAACGACAGGAAGGAGGCGGCGGAGAACAGCCUGGUGGCCUACAAAGCGGCCAGCGACAUCGCCAUGAUCGAGCUCCCCCCCACGCACCCCAUCCGUCUGGGCCUGGCGCUCAACUUCUCCGUUUUCUACUACGAAAUCCUCAACUCGCCGGACCGCGCGUGCAGGUUGGCGAAGGAAGCCUUUGACAACGCCAUCGCAGAACUGGACACCCUGAGCGAGGAAAGCUAUAAAGACUCGACACUUAUCAUGCAGCUGCUACGGGACAACUUGACGUUAUGGACCUCAGACGUUCAGGGAGACGAUUGAUGCCUCUCCUCUUCCUCCCCUCUUCUCCGUUAUCAAAGCGUUAUUUUUGCGAAGAACAGAACAAAGAAGCGCAGCCAGACGCGGAGGAAGAAGCCCAGUGAGACCGAACAACACAAGACAACUCCCCCCCCCCCCCCCGUCCCAGCGCUAGCUCCUGGUCCAUGUCACAGUUUCCAGCGGGGCUCAGCCCACCAUCCUCCUCCAUCUUCCUCCUCCUCCUCACUUUGUCCCGCCUUUCUCAGCCCCCACCCUUACAUGCACGUCGGCCCACCCGGGCCCUCGCCUCCAGACUCCAGGGGCCUCACCUUUUUCUCUCACUCCUUCCUCAAAGCCCCGAGACCCUUUAAAGUUCACAUUAUCCGCGUCUGUUUCGCUUUACUUCUGUUGCCAAGUCCGCUCGCCUGUAUUCGUAACACAUAUGCAAGGGUUUAUUUAAAGAAGAAACUCAGUUUCCUGUGCAUGUGUGUUCAAGUUGUGCAUCGUUUCCACGCUGUCAGUUCCAAACACUCGAGUCUCCGUGAUUAGUGGCUGUGGCUGAAGGUGGAAAAGAGCUUUUAGUCCAAACAAAGUGCCCUCUAAACCUGCUCCUUUGACGCGUCUGUGUUUCUUUUAGAGACAAACGUCAGAAUGUCCCCCCCCCCCCCCCCCUGGGAGCGUCUCUGUCCUCCUCUCUUGUCCUCCCUCGGAGCGAGUGUUGAGCUGCUUUUUGCCACAGUCGUGUAUUUAGGUUUUCUACCGGACCGUGUGGGCGACAGAGGCCCGCUUUGCUUAGAGACGGUUUGGGAAACGGGGGCAUGGUGUAUCUUUCAGGGUCCUCAUCUCAUCAUUUCUCCUCCCGCUUCUGUUGGGUAUGUGUAACGUGAAUCUGAUUUGUACUACUGGAUAUUCUCACCGGAGCCACCAGUACCGUCUGUACUCUUUCUGAACCACAGCAUGGAAUAACAUUAAACUUCAAACUGAAAACUUCCAGCAGAGCUGA